AUGUAUAAAAAGGAGCAAGUUAAUGUAGUUGUCGAUGCUCUUGCAAUGAUUUCUAUAUUGAAUGCAAGUAUUUCCUGGGAGACUAUUCCGUGGAUUCUAUUGGGGGAUUUCAAUGCUAUUCGAUCACACGAUGAGAAGUGUGGAGGCACUAUGUCAUGGUCGGGGUGGCAAAAUGACCUCAACAAUUAUGUGCUGAAGUCAUGUCUAGAAGAUCUUAGAGUUAUAGGUUCUAGAUUCACUUGGACCAAUCAACAAAGUAACAAUACUCUCUUGAAGAAGCUGGAUCAGGUUCUAGAUUCACUUGGACCAAUCGACAAAUUUAAUCUCAAGUACUUUUGUAAGAUUUCAGAGAAGAUGUUAGAGGCUCAAUGUCGGAUGCAAACAAAUCCUUCAGAUUUAGAGAUCCAUAGAACUGAGCUGAAGGAGUAUGUGAGGCUUGAUGAAGCUGAGGAGAGCUUCCUUAGGAAAAAGUCACGGCUGCAAUGGUUGAACCUAGGGGAUAAAAACUCGAAAUUCUUCUUCAAUUCGGUGAAAGGUUUUCAUAGCCGCAACAAGAUCCUCUCUAUCCAUAAUGAAAAUAGGAUAAGAUUAUCUCAUCUUCAAAGUAUAUUCCUCGACUCUCCUAUAACCAAUGAAGAAAUUCAGAAGACCCUUUUCUCUCUUAAGGACAAUAAAGCUCCCGAUCCAGAUGGUUUCAGUGUACGUUUCUUUAAGAAAUCUUGGAGUAUUGUCAGCCCGAACAUUAUUAAUGCUAUUCGAUCUUUCUUCUCUUAUGGCCGGCUUCCCAAGCAAGUAAAUGCUACAACUAUAUCUUUAAUCCCUAAAGUCCCUAACCCAUCAAAGGUUGUGGACUUUAGGUCUAUCUCAUGUUGUAAUACUGUUUACAAAUGCAUUGCUAAGCUCAUCGCUAAUAGAAUUAAAGGAGUAUUGGCGGAUCUGGUUGGGCCUUUCCAAGCUGCUUUUGUUGAAGGGAGAAAUAUAAAUUCUCAGUCUCAAUCAACAGAGAACUUCACAGUUUCUUUGUUGGAUCUAGAGGUUUUAGAUAAGGUGCCAAUUGGGCUAAUUACAAGAGCUACGGCAAAGAAGCUUAAAGAAGCAUUGGAUGAGCUUGUACGAAAUAUAUGGAGCAAGAUGGACCUAGGGGAGCUUGGGACAUCUAAGGAGCAUGAAGGACAGACUCUAAUUCAUCUAAUUCAGGUCUCAGAAGAGCCCAUACCAGCUGAUGCGAACCUCAUGAUCAAGAUGGAGAGAACAAGGCAAGGAGCUAGGACUGAUCCAUCCCCAGUUCGGGGAAGUGGCCAGACAUCAGUGUACUCAGAAGGGGGCGAGUCAGUGAGACUUCAAGAUGAUUCAUCGUUCCGUCAAGCAGAUGUAUCCAUGCCCGAGGGAUCAAACAGACAGGGGGGAGAUAAUAUACCUCCACCAGCGGCACCGGUAGCGGAAUCAAACCUAUUUUCGGAUCCUACUUUUAUGGAACAUAUAGUGAGAGCUGUGGCAGCAGGAAUGGUAGCGGGGGCCUCCAAUACGACUCCUAGAUUAGGGGGAAUAGUCACCAUAGUGCAAUGGGUGCCAGAGGAGCUACGGGUGAAUUGUGUGACUCAACUAUUGGUUGAAGGUGCCCACUCUUGGUGGGAGACCAUUAGAGAAAGGAGAUCAGGGGAGGUAUUGAGAUGGAGGGAUUUUCGUGAAGAGUUUGAGGAGAGGUACUAUUCUUGGGAGCAUAAGAGGGAGAAAGAACAGGAGUUCUUGGAAUUGAAGCAGGGAGAUUUGACAGUGCUGGAGUAUGAGAGGAGAUUUCAGGAUUUAGCAGCUUUUGCCUCCACUUACCUUCCCACAGAGCGCCACAGGGUGGAGAGGUUCCGUGAUGGACUGAGGUGGGAAUUGAGGAUGAUAUUGAUAGCCAUGCAGUUUCAGUCGGUACGGGAAUUGGUACGUGCUUCUCAGGGUAUGGAGAGGGUAAUAAAGGAUACCCCGAAGCCAAUGGUCGAGCAGAGUCAGGAGGGAGCUCAGGAGGAUCUAGACAAGUCAGUGGAAGAGGAGCUUGGGGAGGGCAGUCUAGACAGGGAAUCAAAACUGCUGGAGGGUCUACAGAGCAAAAGGGACCAGUAUAUCCGUUUUGUCAGAGGUGUGAGCAGCGACACCCGGGAGAUUGCUCUGCGAUGCCGGGGAGAUGUUAUAUCUGUAGAAGUGAGGGGCAUCGAUGGAGAGAGUGCCCGCAUGCCUACCCAGUCAGGCACGAGUGCUACACGCGGGAGGCCCAGAAAUCAGGAAGGGAGGACUCAGGGUCGGGUAUAUCACAUGACCUACGAGGAUGUGGGAGUUGUACCUGAUGUGGUGGCAGCCCAUGUAAGAGAGCUGGAAAAGGGUAGCAUAGGUUUGGCUAGUAUUCCUGUUGUGAGGGAGUUUCAAGAUGCCCAGUCUCCUUAUAGGAUGGCACCUAUGGAAUUGGCGGAACUGAAGGUCCAGCUUCAGGAAUUGUUAGAUAAAGGCUUCAUCCGGCCUAGUAACUCACCCUGGGGAGCUCCGGUAUUGUUUGUAAAGAAGAAGGAUGGCACCCUUCGUUUGUGCAUUGAUUAUCGUCAAUUGAAUAAAGUGACGGUGAAGAACAGGUACCCACUCCCACGAAUAGAUGACUUGUUUGAUCAGUUGAAGGGUGCUAGGGUAUUUUCUAAGAUAGAUCUGAGAUCUGGAUAUCACCAGUUGAGAAUCAAGGAACAAGACAUACAAAAGACUGCCUUCCAAACCCGUUAUGGGCAUUACGAGUUUUCGGUGAUGCCAUUUGGGUUAACCAAUGCUCCGGCCAUGUUUAUGGACUUGAUGAAUCGGGUGUUUCGGCAUUACCUGGACCAAUAUGUGGUUGUAUUUAUUGACGAUAUUUUGGUGUAUUCAAACUCUCAUUUGGAGCAUGAACAACAUCUAAGGGUUGUGCUACAGACUUUAAGGGAAAAUCAAUUAUAUACAAAGCUGGAUAAGUGUGAGUUCUGGCUCGAGGAAGUGGUAUUUUUGGGCCAUGUAAUAUCCGCAGAAGGAAUAUUUGUAGAUCCAAGAAAGGUUGAGGCCGUGUUAAAAUGGGAAAGGCCUACCAACGUGACAGAAAUCCGGAGUUUCUUGGGUCUUGCUGGAUAUUACCGAAGGUUUAUUGAAGGAUUCUCCACCAUAGCAUCACCUUUAACUAAGCUGACCAGCAAGGAAGUCCGGUUUGUUUGGUCGGAAGAGUGUGAAGCAAGCUUUCAAGAACUGAAGGAGAGACUCACUUCUGCUCCUGUGUUGGCCCUUCCAUCAGGGACAGAAGGGUUUGUGGUAUAUAGUGAUGCCUCAAAAAGGGGUCUGGGAUGUGUAUUGAUGCAAAAUGGGCGUGUCAUUGCUUAUGCAUCAAGACAGUUAAAGUCGCAUGAGGUGAAUUACCCGGUUCAUGACCUAGAACUUGCAGCGGUGGUGUUUGCCUUGAGAGUAUGGAGACAUUAUUUAUAUGGGACACAAGUUCAAAUCUUUACAGACCAUAAAAGUUUGAAGUAUUUGAUGUCACAGAAGGAGUUAAACAUGCGGCAGAGAAGAUGGGUAGAGUUAAUAAAAGAUUACGAUUGUGUUAUUGAUUACCAUCCUGGUAAGGCUAAUGUAGUAGCCGAUGCCUUGAGUAGGAAGGGAAAAACAGUGAUGAAUGAUAUGGAGCUUAAGGAACAAGAAAGUAUAGUGGAAUUAAAGAAAAUGGGCUUGCAGCUAAGUGUAGGGCCCGAAGGAUCACUGUUAGCUCAGUUAAAGAUCCGAUCUGUGCUUCGAGACAGGGUCUUGGUGGCUCAACAAGCAGAUGGGAAAGUAAAAGAGAUCAAGGAGAGGGUAAACAAGGGUAUAAAGACAUCAUUUCAAUUGUUAUCCGAUGGGCUAAUAGCUAUGGGUAGGCGAAUUUAUUUGCCUGAGGAUAAGAUUUUGAAAGAUGAAGUAUUAAGAGAAGCUCAUGAAUCUCGAUUUGCUACUCAUCCUGGGAGUACAAAGAUGUAUAGGGAUUUAAAGGAAAACUACUGGUGGCCAAAUAUGAAGAGGGAAAUAACAGAAUUUGUGUCGAAUUGUGGGAUCUGUCAACAAGUAAAGAUAGAACACCAGAAACCUGCAGGGGAAUUACAGUCAUUAUCAAUUCCAAAAUGGAAAUGGGAGGAUAUUUCUAUGGAUUUUGUGACGGGAUUACCCAGGGGAAAGAAGGGGAAUGAUGCCAUAUGGGUGGUCGUGGAUCGACUAACAAAAUCUGCUUUGUUUUUGCCAAUGAAGAAGACUGAUUCGGUGGAUAAGUUGGCAAAAUUGUAUGUAAAUGAAGUAAUCAGACUUCACGGAGUGCCAGUUUCAAUUAUAUCGGAUCGGGAUCCAAGGUUCACAUCAAGAUUGUGGCCUAGCUUACAAAGGGCAAUGGGGACAAAGUUGAAUCUGAGCACGACAUUUCAUCCUCAGACGGAUGGUCAAUCUGAAAGGACCAUCCAAACUCUUGAGGAUCUUUUGAGGUCAUGUGUGCUGGAGUUUGGAGGGAAUUGGGAGGAUCUCCUGCCAUUGGUGGAGUUUGCUUAUAAUAAUAGCCAUCAAACUACUAUUGGUAUGGCUCCAUAUGAAGCAUUGUAUGGGAGGAAAUGUCGUACCCCAAUUUGUUGGGAAGAAGUAGGAGAAAGGAAGCUUUUGGGACCUGAGAUGGUGCAACUGACAACUGACAAGGUGAGGGUGAUCAAAAAGAGAAUGAAGGAAGCCCAGGAUAGACAAAAAAGUUACGCAGAUCGCCGAAGAAGGCCGUUGGAAUUCCAAGUAGGGGAUAAAGUAUUUUUGAAGAUUAAAGAAAGAAUCGGGCCAGUUGCAUAUCGAUUAGAAUUGCCUGUAUAUUUGGAUAAGAUUCACAAUGUGUUCCAUGUAUCAUUGCUACGAAAGGCCAAGAUAGACCCCUCACGGGUAUUGCCACAAGUUCCUAUGAAGAUUAAAAGGGAUCUAACCAUGAAAACUAAGCCCGUCAAGAUCUUAGAUCGAGAUGAGAAAUUGUUGAGGAAUAAAAGAGUUCCCUUGGUGAGAGUAUUGUGGAGAAGCUCUCAAAUAGAAGAAGAAACAUGGGAAAGAGAAUCCGAGAUGAAGGAAAAGUUUCCGCACUUAUUCUCCGACAUAGAUCGGCUCUUCUAUGGGUUGCUUGCCUUCCCCUCCGCUUCGGGUAGCUGGCAAAAGGAGGAAGGAUGGCUGCUGAUCUGUAGGUGCCGCUGUGUUCGGGCCGCCGCUCGAGGUCGGUUGAAGGAGGAGCCCGAUGGCGGUGCUGAGGAGAUCGGGUCUGUGGCCGGCGGCUGUGGUCGGGGAGAAGGAAGGCUGUGUCGGUUUUGGGAGAGCUGUGAGGGGGCGGCGUCGUUGAUGAUCUCUUCUCCUGGUGGUAGCAGCGGCGGUUGGGCUCACUGCUGGCUGCAAGAGGCAGAUGACGAGGAGAUGGGGAAAGCUGAGCAAGGGAGUCUUGUGUGCAGCUGGAAAAGGGGGGAGGACCGGCCUCCGAGAGGGAAGAUUGGUACCGUGGCCAAGCAAGAAGAAAAAUGA